AUUUUUAUAAAGAUGGAAAUCCCGCAAAUGGAAUUAUGGUUUGAAAGUGCAUUUGAUUAUUUAAAUACUCAUAAUGUUUCCGUAUCAAAAGACAAUAAACUCAAGUUUUAUGGAUAUUUCAAGCAAGCCACUACGGGGGACUGUACGAUCUCAAAACCAAACUUGUUUGAAUUUGUGGCACGAGCGAAAUGGGAUGCAUGGCAUAGUCUCAAAGGCAUGUCAUCAACAGCUGCCAUGGAAGCCUAUGUAGAACUAGCUGAAAGUUUGAAUAUUGGAUGGACGCGCAAUGGAGAAUAUGCAUAUGAAGAUAAAGGGAAAGACAAGAAAGAUAUGGACGGAACAGGCAAUAUUCUUAGUUCUUUGGCUCAUGGUGAGGAAGACGACGAGGAACAAUUGACGGAUGAUUUAAUUGGAUAUACCAAGGCAAACAAUCUGAACAAAGUACGUGAACAAGUCAAAGAAUUCAAGAAGCCCGUUGACACUAAAGAUGAAGAGGGAUUGACAGCUUUACAUCAUGCUUGUGAUCGUGGGUAUACGGAUAUGGUUAAACUUUUGAUUGAUUUGGGUGCAGAUGUGAACGCGUUGACCAAUGAUUCAGAAACUCCAUUGCAUUAUGGUAGACUCAAAAAAAAAAGAUUGUAGUAUGGUUGACUAAUGAAUGGAUGUUUCAUUUUUCUUGUAUAGCAUGUGUAUCUGAACAAAUGAUAGUGGCUCAACAAUUAUUAGAUAAAGGAUGCGAUAUCAAUUUGAAAAAUAAUGACGGUGAAACUCCCUUCGAUGUAGCCGACAGCAGUUUUGUUAGUCAAUUGAUAGUCAAUUAGCUUGUAAUUAGAAACAUCUUCCUAUUCAAUUAUCUCCCUUUUCUAAUGAUGUACCAUAUUCGAUAUCAAUGUUUUUUUAUUUAUUUAUUUUUGUUUAUUUUUGUGAAUAAAAUAUCGUCAUGAUUUCAAUCAUAA